UCAGACUUGAAACCAACGUGCCUGUGCAGUUUUUGUCGACCUACUGCAGCCAAAUUUGAGCCACACGUCUGGAGCGGAAAUACAGUAAAGCAAGCAGUGGAAAAAUACUACAGAGAAAGAUGCCUAUUGGAUCCAAAGGGAGACCAACUUUUUUGGAAAUUUUUAAGACGCGAUGCAGCAAAGCAGAUUUAGGACCAGUAAGCCUUAAUUGGUUUGAAGAACUUUCUUCAGAGGCUGCACCCUAUAAUUCUGAACCUGCAGAAGAAUCUGAAUAUAAAAUCAACAGUUAUGAGCCAAAUCUAUUUAAAACACCAAAAAGGAAACCUUUUUGUCAUCAGUUAGCUUCAACUCCAAUAAUAUUCAAAGAGCAAGGUAAAACUCUACCACUAUACCAGGCUCCUUUAAAUGAAUUAGGUAAAUACAGAUUAAACUUGGGAAAGGAUAUUGACAAUAGUGAACUUAAAAAUCAUCGCACAGUGAAGGCUAAAGUUGACCAAGCAAAUGAUGUUGCCAGUCCACCUGUAAAUUCUUGUUUCAGUGAAAGUCCUCUUGUUCUACAGUGUACACAAGUAACACCACAAAGAGAAAAGCCAGUGAUAUGUGAAAGUUUAUUUCAUACACCUUGGCUUAUAAAGGGUCAGACACCAAAACAUAUUUCUGAAAGUCUAGGAGCUGAGGUGGAUCCUGAUAUGUCUUGGUCAAGUUCUUUAGCUACGCCACCAACUCUUAGUUCUACUGUGCUCAUAGUCAGAGAUGAGGAAGCAUCUGAAACUAUAUUUCCUAAUGAUACCACUGAUAUUUUGAAGCGCUCUUUUUCUAACCAUGAUGAAAAUCUGAAAAAAAUUGAUAAAUUUAUCCCUUCUGUGGUGAACAAUGAAAACAAAAAUCAAAAAGAAGCUAGCCAUCAUGGAUUGGGGAAAAUGGUAGGGAAUUCAUUUGGAAAAGUAAGUUGCUGCAAAGAUCACUUUGGAAAUUUAAUGCCAAAUGCCCUAGAAGAUGAAGUACAUGAAACAGUUACAGGCAUUUCUGAAGAAGAUAGUUUUUCACUAUCUUUUUCUAAGUAUAGAACGGGAAAUUUACCAAAAAAAAGAACAAGCAAGACUAGGAAAAAAAUUUUCCAUGAAAGAAGAACAGAUAACUACAAAGAAACUAAAAAACAAAUGAAAGAAAAUAAAUAUUUAUUUGCAUCUGAAAUGGAACCAAGUGAUAGUGAUCCUUUAGAUUCAAAUGUACCAAGUCAAAAGCCUUUUGGCAGUGAAAGUGACAAAAUCUCCAAGGAAGCCAUACCAUCUUCAGGUUCUGAAUGGUCUCAACCAGCACUUCCAGGUCUAAAUGCAACCCAGACUAAGAAAAUACCUCUACUGUCUGUUUCUUAUGACCAAAAUAAUUCUGAAAAAUACUUAAUAGAUAGUGAAAAAGAAUGUGCAAACCAUAGUACUUCAGAAAAUUCUUUGCCACAUAUUUCUCGUCUACCAGAAAAGAUAUCAAAUGAAAAACCUGUAGAUGAGAGAGAUGAAGCGCAGCAUCCUGAAUCUCAUAAAGACUCCAUUUUUGCAGUGAGAGAGGCAAUAUCCGGGACUCCUCCAGUAACUCCUCUAUUUCACGGUAUAAAAAGGUCUAUAUUCAAGAUAAGAGAACCAUCUGAAGAGAGUUUUUGUACCCUUUUCUCAGAUAAUGUGACCAAUCCAGACUUUAAAGAAGAAACUGAAGCCUCUAAAAUAGGAUUGGAAAUAUAUACUGUUUACUCACAGAAAGAAGAUUCUUUAUGUCUGAGUUCAGUUGAUAAUGGAAGCUUGCCAGCCACUAUCACACAUUCUUCUGCAACUUUAAAGAAUACAAGUUUAAUAUCCACUUUGAAAAAGAAAACAAAAAAGUUUAUUUAUGCUAUAAAUGAUGAAGCAUCCUGUCAAAGAAAGAAAAUGCAGAAAGAGCAAACAAGAGAACCAGCCAACAAUUCAGCCCAAUUUGAAGCAGAUGGUUUUGAAGCAUCACUUACAUUUGCAAAUGCUGAUGCAGGUUUAUUGCAUUCUUCUGUCAAAAGAAACUGUUUACAGAAUGAUGCUGAUGAGUUGACCUUUUCAACCAACUCUUCUGGGACAAAUCUGAGAAAAUGCUCCAAUAAUGAAAGCAAUUAUACUAAUACAAUAAUAUCUCAAGAUCUUAAUUAUAAAGAAGCAAAACUUAAUGAAGAAAAACUACAGUUAUUUAUACUCCCACAAACUGAUUUUCUGUCAUGCCAUCAGAAAAGACAGCAUAAAGAUGAUCCAAAAAACCAGAAAGUUUCAGAUACAGAGGAAAACGUCUUGGUUGCAGCAUAUCAGCCUGAAGUUCAUCAUUCAGAGGUAGAAUACAGUGAUAUUCCAUUUCAAUCACAGAAAAGCUUUUUUGAUGGCCAUGAUACUACCAGCCCUCUUACGUUAACUCCUAGCUCCAAGAAUCCUCUUUCAAAUCCUAAAGGAAAAGAAUCACACCAAAUGUCAGAGAAACUAAAAUAUAAAAAUUGUGAAGCUGGUGUUGAAUUAGCCAAAAAUGCUUCCAUUGAAGAAAAUGAAGAAAUGUGUGUUUUAAAUGGAAAUUCUAAAAAAGUUGAGCUGUUGUCACCUGCAAAACACAUAACAGGAGUAUCACCUUCAAUGAAGAUGCCAUUCAACCAUAAUACAAAUCUAACAGUAAUCCAAAAAGAAACUUCUUUAAUUUCAGAAAUAACUGCCAGUCCAAACUCUGAAGAACUUUUCGCAAGCAGUGAGAAUUUUGUCUUUCAAAUAACUGAUGAGAGGAAUAGUCCUGUUUUAGGAAAGACUAAGGAAAUUUGUGGAUUAGAUUUUAGUUUUAUGAAAGAACCUAUACUCCAGAACUGUGCCAUGGUAGUAGAUACAGACAUACAUGACAAACAAGCAGUCCAAGUGCUGGUUACUGAAGACUUUGACCCAUCAAAUACAAUCCAUGAGCUCAAAGAGAAUAGAAAUAGUAUAAAGCAGCAUCUAACUUCAGGACUUGAAAUUCAGAAAUCAGACUUGAAAUCAGACAUCUCCUUGGAUAUGAAAACAAACAGGAAUAACGAUUACACACCCAAGUGGACAAAUCCAAGUUUGAGUCACACUUUUGGAGGUAAUUUCAGAACAGCUUCCAAUAAAGAAAUAAAAGUCUCUGAACAUAACAUUAAGAAAAGCAAAAUGCUCUUCAAAGAUAUUGAAGGACAGUAUCCUAAUAGUUCUGCUUCUGUUGAAAUUGUAAAUACCUUAUUAAGUAACCAAAAGAAAUUAAACAAACCUCAUGCAUUUGAUUCACAGUCAGUUAGCAGUGUGUCUACAUGUGUGCAGAAUAGUCCAUCUAUUUCUGAUUGUGAAAAUAACCACUCGACCUCCCAGAUGUUACCAUUAAAGCAAGAUUUUAAUUCAAACCAUAAUUUAACACCUAGCCAAAAGGCAGAAGUUACAGAACUUUCUACUAUAUUAGAAGAAUCAGGAAGUCAGUUUGAAUUUACACAGUUCAGAAAAGCAAGCCACUUAAUACAAAGUAAUAUAUUUGAAGUGCCUGGAAACUGGACAACUGCCUUAAAUACCAUUUCUGAGGAAUGGAAAGAUGGUGAUCUUCAUCCCACAAUUGAUGCCUCAUCUAUUGAUCAGAUAGACAGCAGUAAAAAAGUUGAAGGAGUUAAACAAAAGUUGGCUUGCUUCUUGAACAACAGUCAUAACAAAAGUGCUGCUGGUUCUUUAGCAGAUGAAAGUGAAGUGGAGUUUAGAGGUUUUUAUUCAGGUCUCGGUGUAAAACUGAGUAUUUCUAAUGAAGCUCUACAGAAAGCUAUAAAACUGUUCAGUGACAUUGAAAAUAUUAGUGAAGAGACUUCUACAGAAGUAAAUCCAAUUUUCUCUUCAAGUAAAUGUUACAAUUCUGUUGUUUCAGGGUUUACGGUAGAAAAUCAUAACAAUGAUAAAAAUAUAAAUAAUUGCCAACUAGUAUUACAAAACAAUAUUGAAAUGACUACUGGCAUUUUCAUUGAAGAAAACACUGAAAAUUGUAUGAGAAAUACAGAAAAUAAAGAUAACAAAUAUAUUGGUACCAGUAGGAAUAUUUGUAAAUUAGGAAAAUCUGGUGGCAGCAAUUCAAGUAAAAAUGAUACCGUUUAUGUUCACAAAGAUAAUGAUUUGCCAUGUAAUGAUCAGCACAGUGUGCAUCUUAAAUUAUCUAGCCAGUUUAUGAGUGAAGGAAGCACACAGCUUAAAGAAAGUUUAUCAGAUUUAACUUGUUUAGAAGUUGUAAAGGCUGAAGAGACAUGUUACAUUAGCUCAAAUAAAGAACAGUUAUCUGCAGGUGAAAUGGAACAAAAUACAAACAAUUUAAAUACACUCUUUCAGACUGCAAGUGGGAAAAAUAUCAGCAUCACCACAGACUCAUUAAGUAAAGUUGUAAAUUUCUUUGAUCAAAAACCAGAAGAAUGGAAUGACUUUUCAGAUUCUUUGAAUUCUAAAUUACUUCCUGGCAUAAGGAACAAAAUGGAUGUUUCAGGUAGUGAGGAAACAAACAUGAUGAACAACAAAAUAUUGGAAGAAAGUACCCUAACUGGUACUGGAACUCAGUUAAGUCUCUUUCAACAACCUGAAUGUAAAAUAGGAAAUAACAAAGAACCUAACCUGUUGGGUUUUCAUACAGCUAGUGGGAAAAAAGUAAGAAUUGCACAGGAAUCUUUGGACAAAGUGAAAAAUCUUUUUGAUGAAAAACAUGAAGAUGUUAGUAGUAAAAUUACCAAAUUGAGUCACAGAAUAGCAAAGACCAGAAAAGACAGAGAGGACUGUAAAGGGCUUGGGUUAGCAGGUGAAACAGUUGAGGUAACAGAUACCCCAGUGUGUGAAGAAAUGCAGAAUUCCUUAAAUAAUAAAAACUUUAGUGAAACUGGGAUGCUACCCAGCGAUAGUUUAGAAAGACAAACUGAAAAUCUCGAAACAUCAAGUAGUAUCUCUUUGAAAGUUAAAGUACAUGAAAGUGUAGAAAAAGAAACCGCAAACAACCCUACAACUUCUUGCACAAAUCUGGUCCCUGAUUCAGCUAUUGAAGAAUCUUUAGGAUUUUUCACAGGACACGGUGAAAAAAUUUCUGUGAAUCCAGCUUUACUAUUUGAAGUGACAAAGUGGCCUAAAGGAGAAUUGGAUGAUAAACAACAAAUAAAUACUGCUGAUGUUGUAUGUGUAAAAGAAUAUUCUCAGGAUUAUGUAGGAAAUCCUUUGAGUAAAAUUAGUUCAAGCAGUAUCAUAACUGAAAAUGACAAAAUUUAUCUCUCUGAAAAACAAAAUUUAACUCAUUUGAAUAACAGUAGCACGUCUGAUAGCUACCAUUCCAAUGUUUGUCAUUGUGAUGAUACAUAUGAUGAUUCAGGGUAUCUCUCAAAAAAUAGAAUUGAUUCUGGUAUUGAUUCAAUCAUGAAUGUCGAAGAUAAUAAAACUGGCUUUCCUGAAGUAUCCACUGUAAAAGAAGUAAACACAUAUCCACAAACCAUAAGUAAAGAUAAUUGUGUUCAGAAACCCAUGACUAAUACUUCAUCGUGCAAAAAUAAAAAUAUAGCCAUUAACUUGGCUGUAUCUGAUUCAGAUAAUUUUGAGGUAAGGCCACCUGUGUUCAGUACAGCCAGUGGUAAAAUGGUCCCUAUUUCACAAGACUCAAUUAAAAAAGUAAAAAAGAUAUUUACAGAAAGCUGCAAUAAGGUAAUUAGUGAAAACACUGAGAAUAACAAGAUGAUUAACCAAAGCACUGAGAGUAAAUCAAACACUUGCCAAAGAAAAACUGUUACAGCUUCUAAUGCAGAGGAUAUUAUUUUUCCUAACUCUCUAGAUGAUGAAUAUACACAUUCAUGUAAAGUUUUUGCUGGUACUGAAGGUGAAGGAAGUUUACAAUGUAAUAAAAGUAUAUCUGAAUUGGAGAAAGUUUCUGAAAGACCACAUUAUGUUAGCUUGAAAACUUCAGAUAUAUGUAAAUUUAAUAAUAAAGGGAAUCUUCCCAACUCUAUCUCUACAAAUAUUUAUGGAAUUUUUAGCACAGCGAGUGGAAAAUCUGUAGAAGUAUCAGAUGCUUCGUUACAAAAGGCAAGACAGGUGUUUUCUAAAACAGAUAGUGCAAAGCAACUCUUUUCUAAAGUAUUUAAAAGUAAUGAACAUUCAGACCAAUUCACAAAAGAAUGUACUAUAAUGCAUACCCCCCCGAAAGUACUGUCAGUUCCAAAAAACUUUCAACAUAAUGUAAAUUCAUCUUUCUCUGGUUUUAGCACAGCGAGUGGAAAACAGGUUUCAAUUUCAGAAAAUGCCUUACAUAAAGUUAAGGGAAUGUUAGAGGAAUUUGAUUUAAUAAGAAAUGAAUAUAUUCUUGGGCAUUCACCUUCAUCUAAGCUAGAUGUAUCGAAGAUUCCUGUUUGUAGUGAUAAAAAUCCGGGCCACACUAUAGAUUCUAAAAUGGAGAAAACCUUCAAUAAUGAAUUUAAAUUAUCAAGUGACUAUAACACCGAAGGCAGUUCAUCAGAAAGUAAUCACUCUAUUAAAGUUUCUCCAUAUUGCUCUCAGUUUAAGCAAGACAAGCAACACUUGAUGUUAGGAACCAAAGCAUUACUUUUUGAGAACGUUCAUCUUUUGGGGGAAGAACAGUCUUUACCCAAAAAUAAAAUGGAAAUUGGUGAAACUGAAACUUUUCCUCAUGAUUCUGUGAAAAGUGCAGAAGUAUGUUCUCACCAUAAAGAACCAGAAAACUAUUUUGAAACGGAAGCAGUGGAGAUUGCCAAAGCUUUUAUGGAAGAUGAUGAACUGACUGAUUAUGAACCACCAAGUCAUCCCAAACGUACACUUCUUACAUGCCAAAAAAAUAAAAGAAUUUUGUUAAAUUCAGGAACUGGAAAAAGAAGAAGAGAUGCCCUUGUUUCAAUUGGAGAAUCUCAAAUCAAAAGAAGCUUGUUAAAUGAAUUUGACAGGAUAAUAGAAAAUGAAGAAAAAUCCUUAAAAGCUUCGAAAAGCACUCCUGAUGGUACAAUAAAAGAUAGAAAGCUGGUUACACAUCACAUUUCUUUAGAGCCAAUUACCUGUGGACCCUCUUGCACAACUAACAAGUGUCAAGAAAUCCAGAAUCUAAAUUUUACUGUACCUGCUCGAGAAUUCCUGUCUAAAUCUCAUCUUUCUGAACACUUGACUUUGGAAAAAUCUUCAAACAGUUUACCAGUUUCAAGGCAGCCAUUUUGUAAUAUUCCUACUGUAAGAAAUGAAAAAGUGGGAAUUACUACAGGCAAAUCAACCAAAGUCUUUGUUCCACCUUUCAAAACUAAAUCACAUUUUCACAAAGAUGAAUAUUGUGUGAGCAAGGAUAUUAAUUUAGAUGCAAACAAACAAAAACAAAAAAAUAUAGAUGAAUAUGGCUCUGGUGAUAGUGAAAAUAAUGACAGUGAGAUUCAUCAGUUUAAUAAAAACAGCUCCAAUCAAGCAACAGACGUAAUUUUCACAAAGUGUAAAGAAGAACCUUUAGAUUUAAUGACAAAACUUCAGAAUGCCAGAGAAAUACAGGAUAAUCGAAUUAAAAAGAAAGAAAGGCAGUGUAUUUUUCCACAACCAGGUAGCCUGUAUCUUGCAAAAACAUCCACUCUGCCUCGAAUCUCUCUGAAAGCGGCAGUGGGAGGCCGAGUUCCCUCUGCAUGUUCUCAUAAACAGCUCUAUAUGUAUGGCGUAUCUAAACAUUGCAUGAAAAUUAAUAGCAAAAAUGCUGAGUCUUUUCAGUUUCACACUCAGGAUUAUUUUGGUAAGGAAGAUUUACAGGCCGGAAAGGGAAUACAGUUGGCUGAUGGUGGAUGGCUUAUACCUGCCAAUGAUGGAAAGGCUGGUAAAGAAGAAUUUUAUAGGGCUCUGUGUGACACUCCAGGUGUGGAUCCUAAGCUUAUCUCUAGAGUUUGGGUCUAUAAUCACUACAGAUGGAUCAUAUGGAAACUGGCAGCUAUGGAAUUUGCUUUUCCUCAGCAAUUUGCUAAUAGAUGCCUAAGCCCAGAAAGGGUCCUUCUUCAACUAAAAUACAGAUAUGACGUGGAAGUUGAUAGAAAUAGAAGAUCAGCUUUAAAAAAGAUAAUGGAAAGGGAUGAUACACCUGCAAAAACACUUGUUCUGUGUGUUUCUGACAUUGUUUCAUCAAACACAAAUACACCUGAAACUUCUAGCAAUAAAACCAGUGUUGCAGAUACCAAGAAAGUGGCCGUUAUCGAACUUACAGAUGGAUGGUAUGCUGUCAAGGCCCAGCUAGAUGCUCCUCUCUUAGCUCUCUUAAAGAGUGGGAGGCUGGCUGUGGGUCAGAAGAUCAUUAUCCACGGAGCAGAACUGGUGGGCUCUCCUGAUGCCUGUACACCGCUUGAAGCCCCAGAUUCUCUCAUGCUAAAGAUUUCAGCUAACAGUACUCGGCCUGCUUGCUGGUACACCAAGCUGGGGUUUUUUCCUGACCCUAGGCCUUUCCCUCUGCCCCUGUCAUCACUGUUCAGUGAUGGAGGAAAUGUUGGUUGUGCUGAUGUCAUUGUUCAAAGAAUAUACCCUAUACAGUGGAUGGAAAAGACAUCAUCUGGGUUAUACAUAUUUCGCAAUGAAAGAGAAGAAGAAAAGGAAGCAGCAAAACAUACAGAGGCCCAACAAAAGAAACUGGAAGUCUUAUUCACUAAAAUUCAAGCACAGUUUGAAGAGCAUGAAGAAAACACGACAAAAUGGUGUGUACCAUCACACGCAGCAUCAAGAGAGGAGGUCUGUGCUCUCCAGGAUGGUGCGGAGCUUUACGAAGCAGUGAGGAAUGCACCAGACCCAGAUUACCUUGAGGGUUAUUUCAGUGAAGAGCAAGUAAGAGCCUUGAACAAUUACAGACAAAUGCUGAAUGAUAAGAGACAAGCACAGAUCCAGUCGGAGUUCAGGAGGGCCAUGAAAUCUGUGGAGCAGGGGGAGCAAGGUCUAUCGAGGGAUGUCACAACUGUGUGGAAGUUGCGUGUUGUAAGCUAUGAGAGAAAAGAAAAUUAUUCAGUUAUAUUGUGUAUUUGGAGACCAUCAUCAGAUUUAUAUUCCCUCUUAACCGAGGGAAAAAGAUACAGAAUCUAUCAUCUUGCAGCAUCAAAAUCUAAAAGUAGAUCUGGAAGAGUGAACAUACAGUUAACAGCAACAAAAAAAACUCAAUACCAACAACUAACGGCUUCAAAUGAAAUCUUAUUCCAGAUUUAUCACCCAAGGGAGGCACUUUGCUUCAACAGACUAUUAGAUCCAGAGUUUCAGCCAUCUUGUUCUGAAGUGGACCUCAUUGGAUUUGUAGUUUCUGUUGUGAGAAAAAUAGGUCUUGCUCCACUGGUCUAUUUGACAGAUGAAUACCAUAAUUUUUUGGCAAUAAAGUUUUGGAUAGAUCUUAAUGAAGAUAUUAUUAAACCUAACAUGUUAAUUGCUGCAAGCAACCUCCAGUGGCGACCAGAAUCCAAAUUUGGAAUUCCUACUUUAUUUGCUGUGGAUUUUUCCAUGUUUUCUGCCAGUCCAAAAGAGGGCCACUUUCAAGAGCAGCUCAACAAAAUGAAAAAUGUUGUUGAGAAUAUUGAUACAUUUUGCAAUGAUGCAGAAAAGAAGCUCACACGUUUACUUAAUGUAAACGAUUCCGAGUGGUCCACCCCAUCUAAAGACUGUACGUCAGAACCACACACUGCUCAGACAGUCCUUGGUACAGGAAACAAGUGUCUGAUGUCUUCUAGUAGUGAGAUAAAUUGUCAGAGUCCUUUAUCACUUUGUUCGCCAAAAGGGAAGUCUGGAUCUAUACCAGUAUCAGCCAAAAAAACUUCAAAGUCUUCUGAAGAAGAGAAAGCAAUGACUGACCCAAAAAACUGCAAUAAAAGAAGAGCCCUGGAUUUCCUGAGUCGUGUGCCUUUACCUCCCCCUAUGAGUCCCAUUUGCACAUUUGUUUCCCCAGCUGCACAGAAGGCAUUUCAGCCACCAAGGAUUUGUGGCACCAAGUAUGAAAUACCUAUAAAGAAAGAAGAAUUGAAUUUUCCUCAGAUGACUCCACUUAAAAAAGCCAAUGAAGUUUCUCUUUUGGAAAGCAAUUCAAUAGCUGAUGAAGAACUUGCAAUGAUAAAUACCCAAGCCCUUCUGAAUAGCUCUGCAGGAGAAAAUCAACAUCUAUCUAUCAGUGAAUCUACCAGGACUGCUCUUUCCAGUUCAGAAGAUUAUCUUGGACAGAAAACUCAUUAUACUAUGUCUCUCGUCAAAGGACAAGAGAAUUCACAAGCCAGCACAGAAGAAUGUAAGAGCAACAUGCAGGAAACAAGUAGGAUAAAGAAUAUAUCUAAGAGAUUGCAAAGGCAACAGAAGCAUAAAUAGCAAUAGUUACUCUUAACCUUUCCAGUCUGUAGUACAGUUUCAAACUGCUUAUCAGUAUUUACAUAACAAGAAAAAGCAUGGCUAAGUUUCACAGUUUAUAUUUGCAUAUCACAAAUGUUCUUUGCUUGAUUCUGUUUUCAGUUGUACAUCUUAAAAUUGUACAUUAAAAAAUCUCAUUUAAAUAUUUCAUUGAAUUUGAU